AUGGGAUAUGUGAUAUGUUUGAGGCCACACGUUCCAGACAAGCCAAACUACUCCCUCAACCUGUGGAGUAUAAUGAAGAACUGUAUUGGCAAAGAGCUGUCCAAGAUUCCCAUGCCUGUAAACUUCAACGAGCCCAUUUCCAUGCUGCAGCGGUUGUCGGAGGACCUCGAGUACCACGAGCUGCUGGAUAAGGCCUCCAAGUGCCAGAGUUCGCUGGAGCAAAUGUGCUACGUGGCUGCCUUCUCCGUGUCCUCCUAUUCGACCACCGUCUACCGCACAGGCAAGCCCUUCAACCCUCUGCUGGGAGAGACGUAUGAGCUAGACCGCCGGAGAGAGAGCGGCUACCGCUCCCUCUGUGAGCAGGUGAGUCACCACCCCCCUGCAGCAGCGCAUCAUGCGAUCUCUGAUCGCGGCUGGACCCUGAGACAAGAAAUCACUGUUGCCAGCAAAUUUAGGGGAAAAUACCUCUCCAUUAUGCCUUUAGGCACAAUUCACGCAAUCUUUGAAAAGGGCAACAAUCACUACACAUGGAAGAAAGUGACCACCACAGUGCACAACAUCAUUGUAGGAAAGCUAUGGAUCGAUCAGUCAGGAGAGAUUGACGUGGUGAACCACACCACUGGAGACCGCUGCCACCUUAAGUUUGCUCCUUACAGCUACUUCUCCAGAGAUGUGGCCAGGAAGGUCACAGGUGUGGUGAUGGACAAGGAUGGCAAGGCCCACUACGUGCUGUCGGGCACGUGGGAUGAGAAGAUGGAGUUUUCCCGGGUGAUGCAGAGCAGCCGAGGAGGAGAGAAUGGCACCGAGGGCAAACAGAAGACGGUCUAUCAAACCCUCAAAGCCAGAGAGGUUUGGAGGAGGAACCCUAGUUCUGCUGGGCCAGGAAAAGGUGAGGCCAGCGACGAGCACGACGACAAUGAGUUCUUUGAUGCCAUGGAAGAGGCUCCUGAGUUUAUCACUGUACCUGCAGAUCCCCAUUUCCACAAUUUGUUUAACCAGAAACCUUCCAAACACUGA